AUGGCGUCCAGUAAAGGUGAUAAAGAAAUAAUUACUACUAGCGUCCCUCCAUCCCCAACCAAUGACACCAACCACAAGGAUAUAGACAAUGGAUAUCAAGCCCAACUCGAAAAAAGGGUGAUGCGAAAAAUCGACUUCUGGCUCGUUGGGUUUUACUCGAUUGUGUACAUCUUCCGAGUCAUCGACUCAAACAACUACUCAAACGCCGCCAUCAUCAAUCUGGAAGCCGGCACCGGAAUCAAGAAAGAGUUGGGGUUUAGCGCCUCCGAGUGGGCGUGGACACAGUCCAUCUUCUCCUACAGCUAUCUCUUCUUCGAGCCCACAAAUACCAUCCUCCUCAAAUACUUCACGCCUUCCCGAUGGAUGUUCAUUCUGAUUUUGUCCUGGGGGAUUUGUGCAUGCGCUGCUGGUGCUGCCCAGGACUUCCCGGGAAUGAUGUGCGUGAGAUUCGCAAUUGGGGUGGCUGAAGCUGGAUUCUACCCGUCUGUGCUCUACCAUAUGGCAUUCUGGUACAAGCCAUCCGAGCUGCGCUGGAGAAUAGCGCUCUUUUACUCUCUUGGUCAGGUAUCCGGUGCAUUGAGUGGGCUGCUUGCCUACGCAAUCAGCUUCAUGAAUGGAGCCGCUGGACUGUCAGGUUGGCGUUGGCUGUUUAUCAUCGAAGGUCUUCCGGCGAUAUUACUCGCUUUUGUGGCCUUUUUUGGUUUGCCAGACUACCCUGAAACUGCCCGCAUGUUGACGGAGGAAGAGCGAGAUUUCCUCAAGGGUCGUCUAUCAUCUGCAGCACCCUCAGGAAAAGAUAAAAACUGGAGCUGGGCCGAUUGCAAAGCACUCUUUUCCAGCCCCACACUGUACACGUUCACUGUAUACUGGAUCGGACACGGGAUUGGCGGAUUUGGAGUGAACUACGCUUUGCCUACGGUCAUCUAUGAGCUUGGGUUCACUUCGACAGCCUUGUCACAGUUGAUGAAUAUCCCUCCAUAUGUUGCAUGCUUUUUCUUCUUGAAUACUCUAGGGUAUUUGCUACACAAAGGAUGGAUCAGGCCCUGGACUACUGCAGUCGCAAUUGAAAGCACUAUUAUCAUCUGCUAUAUCAUUUUGAUUACAGUAUCCAAUUCGAUUGUCAAAUAUGUCGCCUUAAUUGUUGCCACCGCUUGUGCCGGGUCCGCAUAUCCUGUUAUUUGGCCAGAGCGUAUUCGUGCGCUCGAAGGCACAGUAGCUGUGGGUGUCGGUAUCGGACUGACAAAUGCCAUGGCGCAGUUCAGUGGGAUUGCUGGGCCUCAUGUCUACAGUUCGGUAUUCGGACCGACGUAUCGAGUUUCAUAUAUCAUUUGCCUUUGUUUCCUGUGCGCGGCUAUCUCGGGCAUCUUGGCUUCGUGGUGGCUUGUGUGGAGGAAGGAUAGAAAGAAUGAGUUGGUCACGAGUGGGAGCGAGGAAGACGCAUGA